GCAGUGCGGACCUCCACAGCAUCUCUCUCUCUCCCUCUCUCUCUCUCUCUCUCCCUCUUCAUCCUCUCCUCCUCAUCUCCUCCGGUCUGUGCUAUGACAGCUCACAGCAGCGGCGUGUUGUCCGGUCUCAGAGCGUCCAGCCGUCACAGGUCCACCUGUCCAAACCUCAACAUGGACAAGUUCUGGUGGGAUAUUCGUGACUGAUCCGCGGCUGUUGCGCGCGCGCGCCCGCGCGUGUGUAUGUGUGUGUGCGCGUGUGUGUAGAUACAUACUGUUUUCACAUAUUUGUACAAGGAAAAGGUGGAAACAUAGCAGGAGGGGGUCGGCCGCCCUCCUUUGCGUCCCCCCUCCGCUUCCUUCAGCCAAGCAGAGCGGCGAGGUGGGGAUUAAAAAAAAAAAAAAACAAAACCCAAAAGCUUUUUGAAAUAAGCUUGCUUGGAUUUAUUUAACAACAACAUGACGGAAUUGGGAGGCACGGAGCUGCCGCCGAUGCUGCUCCUGACUGGGGAGAAGACGCGCAGACACAGAAGACGCGACCUCCCGCUUCUCCUGCUGCUGCUGGGGCUCCUCGUCGGGGAUCUCUGCCCGUCCAAGGCUGAAUCUUGCGGCGGCGUGGUCCAAGGUCUGAAUGGCACCAUCGAGUCGCCUGGUUUUCCCCACGGCUAUCCCAACUAUGCCAACUGCACAUGGCUGAUAAUAACGGGGGAGAGGAACCGCAUCCAGCUAACCUUCGUCACGUUGGCGCUGGAGGAAGACUUUGACAUUGUAUCGGUUUACGAUGGACAGCCGCUGCCUGGCAACUUAAAGAUGAGGUUGUCGGGAUUCAUGCUGCCCUCCCCUAUAGUCAGCAGUGGAUCUAUAUUGGCCUUGUGGUUCACCACAGACUUUGCUGUUAGUGCCCAGGGCUUCAAAGCAGUGUACGAAGGUAAGACCACGUGUUGGUGUUUGUACAGCGAUGGCUCGAUGAUGAUGUUUGGUUGGACGACUGAAGGAGGAGUGACGGCAAAUGAGAGUUGUGAAGUCUUGUGUCAUGUGUGUCCAGUGUGAAAUGCAUGUUGGGUAGAUUAUGUCCCAAUGGAUAGCAACUGUUUUUUUUGCUGCAACUGUUGUUGAUAUAAACAGUUGGUCUAACAGUGUGUAGAGAGAAAAUAAUUGAACAAUUGAACAGUGACUGACUAGCCCAAUGACUUGAGGCUGAAGAAGGUGCUCUUUAUUAGAUGCAAGAUGGAACAAAAACACAAUCGCUAAAUUGUUAGCUGUAAUGUUAGCCCAAAACAGCUAAUGCUAAAACCGAAAUAUAGCAACAGAACCUAAGAUUUUGCCAGUGAUAAUUAAAACUAAACCAAAAAUAAAAAAAAACUAUCAAUAAUGGAGAAUUGAUCAAGAAAUAUCCUUACGUUAGCCUAAGAGAUGAAAACAUUUAUGAGGAUACUUUUUAUUUGACCAAAUGUUAUGCCGAGCUUGCGGGUGGUGAAAAGGUACGCCGAACUGGAUUCCUUCAGCUGUAAUGCUCUCUUCUUGUUGCGGCUAACUUCUUGGGUUAAGUGCCUCCUGAAUGAGAUGUGAGUUUAUUAAUGCCUCUGAGAAAUGUGAGCGUUGCUAUUCUGGCAGGGAAGGGAAGAAUAUCACAUAAGAAACCGACGGAAGUGUCUGGCCUUUUAGAAAAUUGCUUGGUAUUCAUACUGACCUGCAGGCCACUUACUUUGGUCUAACAGUAUUUCCUCCUACAACACUCAGUCGGUGGUGUACAAAGGCAUUUGGAUUAAUGCCAGCAUUAAAAGUGGACAUGGAGUAGGUCUUAAUUCGCAUUCAUCAUAUUCACCACAAGUGCUGUGUUUACAAAUCAGAUUCUCUUCAGCACAAAGCGUCCAAAUGACAGGAUGUUGUGCUUCAGAGAGGAGUGACUUCAAUGACUCUGGUAAAGUAGGCAGCAGCACUGUUCCACACGACGGUGACAUUUAAUGCUCCGUACAGUACAGUGUCUACUUAUUGCUUCACUCUACUCUGGUGACCCUUUGACAUUAACUGCUGUCUCUGCA